ACCCCUGUCACACGGCACGUGUAAUGUCAUUCGCAGCGAAUGAGAUUACGUGUUAAUGCCAUUUUUGUUGCUUCUACACGGGCAUAGCGAAUGACAUUCACAGCUAAUGGCAUUCGCCCAUUGAAUGAGUUUCCCGAACUCAUUCGCGCGCGACUUGUGUAAUCUCGACGACAGGGGCUUGGCAAAAGGUUACAAUAACGAUAACUUAAAACUAAAUAGAAUUAGGGUAAAAGUUCUUAUUAUUUGCAGUUAUAAAUCUUGUAAAUAUUUUAUGACGUACAGCAUGCCAGUUGAAGCGGUUUGUGCAUUAUAUUCUUGUUCCCAGACUCCGGCAGGACGUUAUCAGCAGUUAUCACCACUUAUCAGUACCUAGCUCUUGUCGGCCAUGUUUAGAAACGCUUGUUCAUUCCCGUCUGCAUGUUGUUUUUCUGCGAAGUGGUGCCGCGUUAACCCUUGUACCAACCAUGGAAGGCAACCGGGCAGCUUCGUCAGCAGAAAAUGAGAAGCACAAAACCCACUGGAGCGACGACGAGACGCGCGCGCUUUUGAAAGUCUGGGAGGACCACCUCAGUGACUUGCGCAAGACGAAGCGCAACCUGAAAGUCUACGUCGCCAUAGCCGAGUGCCUGCGUGCGCAAGGGGUGGAGAAGAGUGUGAAAGAAAUUAAAAGCAAGAUAGAAAAUUUGGGAAACCGGUACCGGAACCUCAGCCGAAAGACGACCGGACAAGGAGCCAUUACGUGGAGAUUUUACAAGGACAUUUCUAGGUUCCUUGGCAGCCUGCCAAUGAACGACAGCAGCCUCACUGAAGAAACGUGUGGCGAAGACGCCACUGUUGAAAUAAUUAUUCAUAGUAUGGAGCACGGGCCGUUGGGCGAAGAAGACUCCCAGCCACCUCCAGCAUCACCAGAUGAAUGUUCACAUAAUACAAGUACAUUAUACUUGCCCUCAUCACCAUACAGCACAGACGACUGUUGGGCCCAACCACAGGCAGAAGUAAACAGCCAGCAAAACAAUCAAACGAGCAGGCGCACCACACAAAAGACUCUCCUAGCGCAACUAGUCGCUACGAACCGGCAGUUGUGUGCUGACCUAAACGAAAGCAGGAAGCAAGAGUUGGAGCUACGGCGAAUGGAACUUGACAUUGUGCGCGAAUCAGCAGCUACAGAAAAACUGUUGACUGACGCGCUCGUGAAGUAUUUGGCAAAAUAA